AUGAGUUCGACGGCAUGGAAUGGGCAAGACCAAACGAUGGCCUCGGCCGGUGAUGAUGACUUCCACCAAUUUCUCGACAUGAGCAACAUGGGAAGCCUGGGCGAUGCGAUGACCUUCGACUUUCAGUCUUUCCAGGAUGGUUCUGCGCAGGGACUGAUGAAUCAAUCGCGCGAUGUUCCCGAUACGAUAAUGACGGACAGUGACAACCCAGGCCUGAUGGUUACAGCCGGCGCAAUGCCAAUGUCAACUUCAACUGCUCAACCAACGAUCCCGGCGCAUAUGAUGACGCCUGCGAGCGACCCCAUUUCCAACAUCGACGCCCAGAUCCAGUAUCUUCAGCAGCAAAAGUUCCAUCAGCAGCAGCGCCAAAUGCAGGAGCAGCAAGCGGCUUUCUUCCACAACCAUAACCACAAUCACUCUGUGCCGCCAACACCACAAAGUCUUGAGAUGCCCAACAACGCACAAUUCUACUCCCAAGCAGAGCAAAUGCCAGCUUCGGGCGCUUACGAUAGAGGCUACCACCAGCGCAUGAAGGAACAAGAUAUGGCUUUCACACCUCUUGUCUCCCCGGCAGUGACUCCUCUGGACCCCAACUUCUCAAUGGACAAUGGCUACACUAUUCCUAGCGCCUACUUCAGCCCUCUAACAUCGCCGGCUCUUCAUGCGCAAAACGACCCUUCGACAAUCUACGACCCACGUCACACCAACACAAACAACUCACCAAUCGAUGUGGACCUCGACAGAUCGGCUAUUCCUGUUACUUCUGUUUUGGACUUGCCUAAGAAGCCUGUCAGGAAGAAGGCCGCAACCAAGUCGAGAGCAAAGGCCAGCAUUCGAAGCUCUCCGAUUGUGAAGCCUCAACGUCGGAAAAUGGGACCCAGUCCUGCGAUUGUGUCACAGGUACUUAGCGAGUUCGAAGAGAUGAACGGCUCUUUUCUUCCUACAUCCGCGACCUCUACCGAGACGUCGGCAGAGGAGAACUCAUCGGUGUCCCCUGAAGCCCUCUCCGAGAUGCCCCCGCCUCCAAUUCCCAACAGGAGAUCGACAAGCAAAUCGCCAUACAUUCAAGCACAGUCGAGCAGUCAACAAACACCUGUCCCGGCUCCUGUGGACUUACAUCCUGCUCCAGCUACACCUGCUUCGCUCAUGAAGCUGCCUGCAUCUAGGGCAAACAAGCAUGCUGCAGGACACCCAGAACCCAUUGUUUCUGAUCACAUCGAAUCACUAGAGCUGCCCGAGUCGGUAUCUAGCAAAACCAUGACGCCUGUUAUCUCACGAUCCUCGGUCCAGUCCCCAGUUGUGGAGGCUGCUGCUGGUAAGGCGUCUGGCUUCCAACCUCUACCAUCUCCAAUCUUCCCUCGACGACAAUCAGGAACCAUUUCGGCAACUGCGAGCCCUCAACUAGCCCCCGGAUCGACAGGCCCAUCUGCGCGGAAAACUCCUCAACUCGCACCUCGGUCAAGUAGGAAGAGGUCUACAGGUUCUGUUCACGUUUCGCCUGCUCUGCUGCCGAGAAUCUCACCCAGUAUCAAGCCUUUGCUUCCUGGUACGCCUGGAAUGACGCCAGCGGAGAGCGCUGCCUCACAACUGCUCAUGUCGAAAUCCAACUACCAAAACAUCCUGGAGGGCAACAAGGUGCCGGGCGUGUCAUACCCAAGCGAACUUUCGACCAACCUUACAUCAAAGCGAACAUCACACAAGAUUGCAGAGCAAGGGCGCCGUAACCGUAUCAACUCGGCGCUGCAGGUUAUGGCAGGACUCUUGCCUGGAGGUGAUAAGACAGACAUUGUAGACGAAGGCGACAAGAAGGAUGGAAAGCAAGCGAAUGCACAGAACAGUAAAGCCAGUGUCGUCGAAAAUGCCAUCGUGCAUAUGAAGAGCCUGGAGAAAGAGAACGUGGACUUGAAGAAGGAGGUUGAAGAACUAAAAAGGCGAUUGGAGGGUUUACAAGGGUCAACGGAUGACAAGUAA